CGAAGUUCGACUGUUCGAGAAACAACUGCUUUUGAGAACAGUGGAGAUUAGCACGAUAAUUGAGGACUUUACAAUCAUCCAUUUAAGAGUUGGAAAAGGAAAAACCCUACUCCCUCCUCUUGGCAUCAUAUCUGAACAAAUAGCCAGCGGCCGAUGGACCGCCACCCGCCGCCGUACCGCGGCCUUCUCACGGGAAGAGAACCCUUGGGUUCAAAGGCGAAAAGACAUGCCAUGCAAUGUGAAGAUAGAAUCAGCAACUUGCCAGGCAACCUUAUUGGCCGAAUCCUCUCUUUUCUUCCCACAGAAAUGGCAGUUGCGACAAGCGUCUUAUCAACUAGAUGGAAGCAAUUCUGGACACUAGUCACUAGUGUGGAUUUUGAUGAUAAGUUGAUACUUCAACGUCAAAAGAGUAACAGAGCUGCACUCCAAAUGAUUUUUGCAAGUUUUGUGGACAGAGUGCUUGAGAGAGUCUCAUGUUUGGAUAAGUUCCGUCUCAAAUGCUGCCAAAGUUAUGAUGUUUCACAUGUGAAUGCAUGGGUUGCUGCUCCCUUAAAAUAUCCUAUCGAAGAACUUGAUCUCUCUAUUCCAGUGAACAACUCUACUAAUCAUGUGGCACCUCUGGACCUUUCUUCUUGUAGAACACUGGUGGUAUUGAAAUUGGGUACCAAAUUUAUGCUCAAUGUACCAGCUUCGGUUUGCCUAUCCAGUCUCAAAAUUCUCCAUCUUGAUAGUGUCAAAUUUUCAGAUGAUGACUCAAUCAAGAGACUCCUUCUUGGCUGUCCUGUGCUUGAUGAACUGAGUAUGAAUGGAUGCGUUGGAAAAGAUGUUCAUGUUAUUAACAUUUCUGCGCCUGUUCUCACAAAGUUGAGAUAUUGUAACAAAAGAAAAAAAUCGUUUUAUUCUGAAGCAGAGUACAAGGUUGUGAUUGAUACCCCAGCUCUUCUAUAUCUGGAGCUGAUUGAUUAUGAAGCAGAGGUUUAUUUAGUGAAGAACCUAAGUCAUAUCGUUAAAGCUGAUAUUUGUAUUGCAGAGCAAUAUGAUGAAACUGAUUAUAAAGGUAUGACUGAUCUUCUCAUGGGGAUAUCUGAAGUCCAAUCUCUACACUUGUACAAUAGUUGCCGAGAGGUUGUUCACAAGAUUUAUUCUGAGCUGCCAAUUUUUCAUAAUUUGUCUUCCUUGGUACUUGGUGCUGGCUAUGUUCGAUGGGUAUGGUUGUCACAAUUAUUGGCGAAAUCACCGUGUCUAGAAAGACUUGUUUUCAAAGAGGGGUAUCAUAUUGAAUAUGAUGAAGAUGCAUGUGAUGAUGAAGACGACAAGUCCUCGGUCUGGCAUGAUUGGCAUCCACCUCGGAUUGUUCCUUCUUGUUUACUCUCGAACCUCAAGGUAAUUAGGUUUCUGAAAUUUCAAGGAGGUGAUGGGGAUCUGAGAUUGGCCAAGUAUUUUCUGAAGAACACUGAAGUUUUGGAGAAGUUGAUAAUACACUACAAACUUUUUCAGAAAAAUUUUGAUCUUGCAGAAGACCAGUUGCGUGUUGCCACGCAACUUUUAAUGCUACCAAGGGGUUCAAGGGCCUGUCGGAUCAAAUUUGUUACUUUGCGUGAUGAUGAGUCCGAUUAAUUAGGCCCAUCGUCAUCGGUUAUGUCCUAGUUUUAAUUCCUAGCUGUUUGAACUCGUGUUUCAGUGUUGGUAGUCAUUUUUGCAUUGCUCGGAUAUGUCUCUUUCAACUAAUUCGGUCUUGUUUUUUGUGAACUGGAUUUGGUCUUAGUAUAAAUGAUGGGUUUUUUACCUGUG